UCUUCUUCUUCCUCCCUCCCUCUCCCUCCCUUCCCGCGAAAGGGCCACUCCCGCUGCAUUCUUGACGCUUUCCUGACCUCGAUCCUCCCUCCGGAAAGACAAACUCCAGCCCUCGCCUUUUUAAAGCCACCGACCAAACUGAGCUGAAGCCUUAGCAACAGUGUAGAUAAGGCCGGAGGAGAGCAGGCUGUGUGUCUCUCGCUUGCUGCUCAUCUUCGUGUCUGCUCUGCCUGCUGCGAGGAGCCAUGGACGACGGUGGCGUGUGCCCGAUCUAAGCUUUGUGUGCAGGCUAACGAGUAGGCCUGCAGCAGCUUCAUGCUGCCUUGCUCCUCUGGAGUUCUUGUAAGGUGAAAGUGAUUGUUGAGUCGGUGGUACUUUUGAAGUGAAGAACUGAAGAAUCAGUCGUAGAGGGAACAAUGUCCGAAAUGGAAGGAGCUCUGAGAUCCUGCAUGGAGCAGCUGCUCAUUGCCAGGGAGGAGCGGGAGCAGAUCAUCGUGGAGGCCGCCAGCGAGAUCUCCUCCGAGAAGAAGAAGUCGCGAGAGCUCCAGCGUAAGCUCGACGCCGCGACCAAGAAGGCCGCGAAGCUCGCCGCCGAGAACGGCAGCCUCGCCAAGGCCAUCGACGCCAAGGACGCGGCGAUCAAUGAGCUGAAGGGGUCCAAGUCGGCCUCCGACGGCGAGCUCGCCGGCGCGAGGGCGAAGCUGGACGCGGCGCAGAAGCAGAGCGCGUCGCUCCAGUACGAGGUGCGGAUGCUCCAGAAGGAGCUGGAGAUCAGGAGCCAGGAGCGGGAGUACGACCACCAGUCCGCCGACGCCGCGGGCCGGCAGCAGGCGGAGAGCCAGAAGAAGAUCGCGCAGCUGGAGGGCGAGUGCCAGCGGCUGCGCGCCAUGGUGCGGAAGCGCCUCCCGGGCCCGGCGGCCAUUGCCAAGAUGAGAGACGAGGUCGACCAGCCCGCGGCGGGAGCGCCUGCUACCCCGAGAAGGUCACGCUCCGUGGCGCCGAUGUCGCCGCGGUCCGUGGCGGCGCCGAUGACGCCUCGGUCGACGACUCCCAUGUCGGCGCGGCCGAUGAGUCCCAUGUCGGCGCGGCCAAUGACGCCGCGGCGCGCCCCGCCGGAGCACGAGACGAACACGGCCAAGCUGCACGCGGUCGAGGAGGAGAACAAGGCGCUGAAGCAGGCGCUGGCCAAGAGGGACGCCGAGCUGCAGUUCGUGCAGAUGAAGUACGCCGACGAGGCCUGCAAGCUCUCCGUGGUGCAGCGGCAGCUCAGCGAGCUGUCAGAAGAGAACAAGCAGCUCAGCGACGCCCAUGGCCAGACAGAGUCAUGGGCCUCAGCGUUGAUCUCUGAACUGGAGCAGUUCAGGGCCUCCAAGCAGGGAGCGGCAUCUGAGAUGAGCUUGCUCGACGAUUUCGCUGAGAUCGAGAGGUUGGAGAUGGCUUCAGGUGGCCAAGGAUUGAAGCCUUCAGGCGCGUCGCCGAAGAAUGUGCACUCGCAAUCCGUUUUGUCAGAGAAGAAUGGCAAAGAUAGUGUCCAAGAAAAUGGAAUCUCCAAUGGUCAGAAUCACAGAGACACUGUCCUGGAAAAUGGUAUCUCCAACGGUCAGCCUGAAUGGGUUCAGGAUAUGUGCAAACUUGUGAUGCAGAAGCAUGAAAGCAGUGGGGAAAAAGUUGAAACAAUUCUUGAGUUAAUAACUCGUGCAUUGGAUCAGAGUUCUGCUCAUCAGAAAGGUGAUGCUCUGGAUGGAUCAUAUGACUGGACCAGAGUGAAGGAAAUGGUGUCCAGCCUGACUGAAGAGGUCACCUGUGCUAUUGGCAUAUCUGCAGGAAGCAAUGUUGCAAGUUCUGAACAAUUGCUACUUGACAAGUCUGAAUUUUCUGCGCGCCUUCAGCAGCUGGUCCAUGUCUGUCAUGAUCUACUGAAUGGAAAAGCCAACCUUGAAAAGUUUGUGGAUGAGGUUUGUCUGAUCCUAGAGUACAUAGUCAACCAAUAUAAGAGUAUAUCAUACCAAGAACAAUCAGAUGAUACUGUGGAUAAGAACACGGAGAAUUUGGAUGGAGAUGGAUCAUUAAGUAGCAUGAAUGGUGGCUGUGACAUAAAGAGUCCAGAAUCAGCAGCUGUUCUGGAUAUACAAACUGAAGAACAUAAACAAUCAAUUCAGUCAGUACAAGGGCAGAAAACAGAUGAAGAGAGGCAACUUGAUGAAGAACUCACAAGAGUUAUACUAGAUCAGGAUGAGAAAAUCAGUCAGGAGAACUCAACAUGCUGUGAGAUAGAAAGCCCCCCUGCUCAUCCAACUGCUGAAAGCGUAACAGAUCAAGAGGAAAAACAAUUAAUAUCAAGUUCAGAUAUAUCAGCAGCAGCUGAGAAGCUUGCAGAGUGUCAGGAGACCAUCACAAAUCUAAGCAGGCAGCUUCUAGCUCUGAAGAGUCCGGCAGUUUCAGGCAAUCUUGAUAGCUCAAUAUCCAACUCCAGACCAAGCUCAGCUAAGUCUGAAUACAAGCCCCAGUCACUUGCAAGCAUUCUUGCUGAAGGGGAGGACACUGGCACUGAGGGUUCCGGUUCUCCUGCAACCAAAGAACUGCACUCCAAGAAAGAUCCUGAUGCUGCUGCAUCACGCAAAAGCGUAACAAAAGACGGUAGUGCUACACAAACCGUUGUUCUUCCGAUUCUCCCAGAGCCAUCCCAACAGACCAUUUCUCCUGAUCUUAAGAAGAAGAAACGGAGCCCCAGCUUGCUGGGUAGGAUGAUCUUCAGAAAGAAAGUGGAAGGCAGCUAGAUCAUGCUGAGCUGGUGGAUGAUGAACUGUGCUGGUAAAAGUUCUCUAUCUAACCAGCACUCCACUGCUAUACUGUCUCUGUCACUAUUGAUUUGGACUUUUGGACUUGUUCUCUGUUCAAUCCUUCAUCCUUUGCAUUCCUCUUCCUAGGGUGCAACCUUUUUGGUCACAACUUCUCUUACAGAGCCUGGUCAUAGCGAGAGAGAGAGACUGGCACAUGAUCUGUAUCGGUUUUUCUUGACAUGUACAAGUUUUCCUUUUUGUAUUUAUGGACUCCAUGGCUGUGUAAAUUUUAAAUUAAUAAAUUAAAAAAAUCGUUCUGUCACCGGAGAUUCGGACUUCAAAAAUGUUUUAUUCU